AACAUGCAGGUGCCUUAAACUGGGUUUCCUUCCCGUCCACAGUUCAAAAGGUGUCUUAGGAACUGCUUUACUAGGAACCCUGUUUAACAAAUACACAAUGGUCUUUAAAGCGUGCAUCCACAAUGAUUUGGAUAACGAGGACUUGCUUAACAUACUCCUAAAAAUAUCCAUUAAAGUACGAUUCCGCCUUUCUGCAACACCAUUUUGUUGCGGUGUUCCUGGCAUAGUAUAUUGAGCACAAAUACCACGUCUUUCUAGGAACUUCGCAAAUGGACCAGGGCACUCUCCACUUUCAUCAUAUUUUUCAUAAUAUUCUUCACCUCUAUCAAAUCUGACAAUUUUCACCUUUCUUUCUAAUUGUCUCUCAACUACAUUGAUAAACACCCCAAGGGUAUCUACAGACUGAGAUUUUUCUUGUAGAAAAUAGAUAUAUCCAUAACGUGAAAAAUCAUCGAUAAAGGUAAUGAAAUACUUUUCUCUGCCAAGUGAUGGAACAUCAAAAGCCACAAAUAUCAGUGUGUAUAAUUUCAAGGAGCUGUGAGCUUCUUGUGGCUGCUUUCUUAAGUGUGUGUUUUCCUUUAAUACACUCAACACAAAUUCCAAGGUCAGUAAAGUCCAAAUGAUCAGGAAGGAUGAUGCAAGGUUAAGAGAGACUCGGCAAAUGGGGUAUCAAGUUUUAGUUUGUACAAACCAUCAAUAAGGGUACCAGAUCCCAAUAAAACAUUAUGUUUGAUCAAACUAAUAGAGCCAUUUCCAAUGUUCCAAAAAUACCCAGUCUUGUCUAGUUGAUACACUGAAACCAAAUUAUGAGAAAUAGAAGGAGCAUAAAGGGUAUUGACAAGGUCCAAAUGAUGACCAACAUCUAAAACCAAACGAUAAGUCCCGAUAGCUUCUACUGGAACUUUGGCUCGGUUUCCCAUAUAGAUGAACUUCUCAUUUUGCCUUAUGGUUUGGGUCGUAAGGAAUCCUUGCAUCGUUCGAAACAUGAAUGGUACAACCAGUGUCAACCCACCAAGUAUUAUAAGGAACCUCAGUUAAAUUUGAUUUGAAACAUACUGAAGCACUAUGUUUACCCUUUCUUUCAAGCCAUGCCUUUCGUUUCAAGCAAUCUUUCUGAUAAUGUUCGGCUUUCUUACAGAAGCAGCAUACAUCCUUACUUGGUUCCUUCUUGUGGAUUUUGGCAGAUGACUCAUUCACCUUUGAUAGUCCUUCCUUGCCCUUCCCAUUUUUGUUCCAUGGUUUCUUUCCAGCUCCUUUAUGACCAACAAGAUUGGCAGAAUGAUUUUAUGGUUUCUUAAUCCUUGCUUCCUCUUAAACGAGCAUGCUUUGUAAUUCAUGCACAUUCCAUUUAUCCUUUAGAGUAUUGUAAUGCACAUGAAAUGUGCCAUACUUUGGAGGUAGGGAAUGAAGGAUGAACGUUACUAGGAAAUUUUCAUUCACUUCCAUUCCCAUGGUCUUUAGUCUUGCUGCAAUAUUCGUCAUUUCGAUGAUAUGCUCGUGUAUGGUACGAGAACCAUCAAACUUCAUGGUGGUUAGCGUACCCAUCACUCCAUCAGUGUCCUAGCAAGCGACUUAUCAGCAGCCUCAGAAUGAGAGCUUUCUUUCACGGAAUUCAUAAAUUCCUUAGCACUUUCAGUGUCAUUGAAAGUUGACUUAAUGUUGUUUGCUAUAGUCAUUUGCAUAAACAUUAGGCUCAGUCUGUUAGAUCUUUCCCACUUAAGAGUGCCAAAUCAAGAUCCAGAACACCGAGGUAUGAACUUGUUCAGCCCAUUCACAGAAGUUGAGGCCACUAAACUCAACAACAGACGUGGCUUGCGAAUGAAGAGAAACAGGAACAGAUGCUGCAAACAUAUAUAACAUGUAUUCACACAUUAAUGCCUUGGGUAAUAAGCAUAAACAUAAUACAGAUUCAGAAGCAUAAACAUAAAAUAUAUAUUGGUGCUAUCUUUGGGAAAACAACAAUAUAUAGGAGAUAAAUAAUCGUAAUUGAUGCUCAAAAUAAUUUCAGAUAGUUAGUGAUAGACAUACACAAAUUAGAUAUACUUGCAAUCUUUGGAUAUACUAAAUAUAUCUAACCAAGCACAUAAAUUACCACAAUAAUGUUCAUGAAUUACAAAAACGAGCAAUCAACCUUUGGGCGAUUCGAAAAUAUUUAUAAUCACAAACUUCAACUUAAAGCAUCACAUAAACAUUAGUAGUCGAACUUGAUUCAACUUGAUAUCUACAAACCUUCUAAUUUGGCCACUUUGGUGACUAACAAAUGAAUCAUAACAUAGAUAUCAAAGGUAAAAUUUAACUCAAGGCAAAACAGUUUUGGUCAAUCUCACAUACGUAGACCUUGUUUCUUUAAUUGCUUAACAUAAUUAUGAUAAUAGUCUAACAUAAGUAAGCAUACAUCCAAUUUCAUUUGAAACAAACGGUCAACAGAUUAAAAGGAAAAAAACAACACAUAGAAGCAGAGAUGCCACUGACAUUUGUGACUGAAACUUAGACACGUAUACAUGCAUAUAAAUCUUAGAAUCACAGCCAUAAAGGUUAACGGAUUAAAGCCCUUGAUUGUAAAGUAGAGAAUUAGAUGAUUUCACGAAUCGAUAAUAGAUCAAGAAAAUCUACCUCGAUCCAUGACGAGAGAGGCGACGGUGACUUGAGUAGUAAUCACCGGAAUUGAGUAUCUCCCUCUUGACCCCUUUAGGUUUUAGGUUUAGAGAUUUCUCUAAUGGCUAAGAAAUUCUACGUAAUGGGUUGAGAGAGGACCAAUCCUAGAGCUUCUUUAUAUAGACCCACCAUCAGGUUAUAUUAGGAAUUUACCUUUCAUUAACCUAAUCAAUAUAGGAUUUACCUUAUAUAUUAAACCAUUAAGUGAUAAUUACACUUGGACCACAAUUAUUCCCUUGUGACCUACAGGAAUGGGCUUACACCUACAUCUCCUUAUAUAUGCUCUUUUAUUUUGUAAUUUUUUUUAAAGUGGAGUUCAUUAGAUUAAUGACUGGGCCAAGCCCACAAGGGAAGUGUACAAGCAAAUCAAUAGGAAGAAAUGGGGAAAAACCCCCAAAAAAGGGUCCCAAAAGAAAAACCCGGAUACCCAAUUGGGUCAAGUCCGAGAGCCAAAACUAUUUUGGGUCUCUCCCAAACCCUAGCCGCAACGUGCCCCUCUGAAAUACCUCCAUCGUCGCUACUAAGCUCCGCAACUGCACCUGACACGUCGCCGCCACCAACCAGAGUCAAGCCAUGGAACAAACACUCACCUGACUCGGAAGGUGAGGAGAGGAGGAAAGCCACCACCAAACCUCCCACCCCAAGUCGAUUGGCGUGCCCUUCUAUUUUGUAUUUAGAGCUGAACAUGAAGGGCUCAUUUGCUAGUGGGAUUUGUAAAUGAGGAUUUUGGCCACCAUUUGAAUUUUCAACACCUUCAGGAUUUGUGAUGGAAUUGGCAGAAAAUAAACAAAGUAUAAGGGAAACAACCAUUCCUUUGCGAUUGAAGGGAUUUUCAGCGGAUGACACGCUAAAACACAACUCCUAACAAUGGCCAAGUGUAACCAAUGAAAGGGACUACAGUAUAGUGGCACAAGUAAUAAAUAUCGAGUCCAUGGGUCUCUAGAGUUACUAUUACUCAGCUUCAUUUCAUUAUCUAGCAAACUAGAUUAAUGAUUGAUUUACUAAGCUACUCUACUAACUAAACUAAAGCUAAACUACUAAUUACAAGUUGGGAACUCACUUAGGUAUGAUUUCCCCUAGCUCCUCAAUUAGUUCCAAGUUGUAAUUCCCUUUGGUUGCUUUACUGUUGAUUAAACUGCAGACGAUCGGAUAAUAGCUUAGAAUCUCUUAAGCUAACCAAGCCCUCUUAGACAGAAUACCCGGCGGACGACUAACAUCCACCGGAGUACAAAGCUAAGGAAAUACGCAAAGAUCUCCACUACUGGAAUGAAUUCCAGUACAAAGCAGUGAAUUGACUGACUCUCGUACAAUCAAUUCCCUAGUACCAAUUGAGAAAGCUCUCUUAACCCAAUCAGAUUCUAUCUAUCAUAGGUUAAAGAAGAAAUCAAAGGAAAGUGAUCAGGAUUCAAUUGACUCAACAAUCAUGCCUCAAUUGAUUAAAACCAUUCAGUAUAACAUCCAAAGUUUCAAACAAGAAAGAUCCUAACACAUGGAACUAGGGUUCCUCAAAACCUAAGUGAAGGGAAGUUACUCCGAAGAGAAGAGAGAGAUUAUAGUAUAACUUUCCAGAUCUUCAAUAUUCAUGUUUAGACUUGUUUCUUGAGCUUCAAUGGUGAAGAAUCCUCCAAAAUAGCUCCAAGAAUGGCUUUAGAUCUCUCUCUCUCUCUCUCUCUCUCUCUCUCUCUCUCUCUCUCUUUGGUUCGUCCCUUGGGUGUUUGGGAUCCAAAACCCAGCUUCAAAAUCAGUUCUAGGGUUUGUUCUUCACAUUUUCUCUCUCUAGGACUCUGUUUUAUGCUCCAAAAAUCGUCAAAACAGAGAAAUUCGCACCCCCUAAUUGCAUGGCCGUGCAAAUUAAGGUUUUAGCCGUGCAAACCCCUGAAAAACCUUGCACGGCCGUGCACAAUUUUCAUCACGCACUCCUAAGCUUCGUUGAGCUCGUUUGACCUCCGAUUCAGGUGUCGUUUGAUCUCAGAUGCUCGUAGUCUCGUCCUCUUUCUUUUCAUGACAAGCUUGCAUGAUUGAUGACUCGAUAUUUGCACAUGUUUUCCCCUUUGUUUCUUGAUCGUUGAAGCUUGCAUCAUCGCUUCUUUGGCCUAUUUUAUGCUAGGUUGUGUUCCUUUGUCACAUUUCAGGUCCUGGCAUGUAAAUUGAAGCAUAGGUGCAAAUUUGAAGUCAAUCGGAGAUCAUUCGGCAAUUCGGGAGAAGAAACACGAGCAUGACCUGAGGAAUAAUGGACUUCUACCUCAUAUUAUGGACAAAUAAUCAUGGAAUUUUGUCAUGAAAAGAAAGAGGACGAUACUACGAGCGUCUGGGAUCAAACUGCGACUGAUUCGGAGUCCGGACGAGGGAGAAACGAAGCAUUAAACAGAGGCUGAGCAAGCCACACGGGCACACCUAAACACCCACACGGCCGUGUGACUUGGCCAUGUGGCCGUGUGGGAUUUACCGAGCACUCACACGGGCAUCCUGGGGAGCCACACGGCCGUGUGGCCCCUGCCCGUGUAGCUUGCCUGGUUGCCCAUUAAUCGAAACUCCGCGUUUUGGCACUCACACGGGCAGCUGGGUAAGCCACACGGCCGUGUGGCCUGGCCGUAUGAGUCGGGAUAUUCUGGGUUUUAAGCCAAAUUCGAGCCAAAGGAGUGGGAGAGCUGGGUUUUGGUUCCCAAACACUCAAGGGACGAACCCUAGAGAGAGAGAGAGCGACUUGGGAACAUUCUUGGAGCUAUUUUGGAGGAUUUCUUCGCCAUUGGAGCUCGGGAAUCAAGCUUGGAGAUGGAGAUUGAAGAUCUAGAUCAGAUUUCUGCAGUCUCUCUCUUCUCUAUGGAGUAACUUCCCUUCACUUAGGUUUUGAGGAACCCUAGUUCCAUGUGUUAGGAUCUUUCUUGUAUGAAGUUUUGGAUGCUAUAUUGUUUGAUUAUAAUCGAUUGAGGCAUGAUUUAUAGAGUCAAUUGAAACCUGAUCAUCUUCUCUUGAUUUCUGCUUUAACCUAUGAUAGAUAGAAUCUGAUUAGGUUAAGAGAGCUUCCUUGAUUGAUAGUGGUAAAUUGUUUGUGCGAGAGUCAAUCAAUUCACUGCUUUGUACUGGAAUUCAUUCCAGUAGUGGAGAUCUGUGUGAAUCGCCUUAGCAGUCUACCCCGGUGAAGGCUAGUCGCCUGCCGGGUAUUUGGUCUAAGAGGCUUGGUCAGCUUAAGAGAUUCCAAGCUAAUUUAGGAUCUUCCGCAGUUUAAUCAAUAGUAGACCAACCAAAAGUAAUUGCAACUUGGACCUAAUUGAGGAGCUAGGGGGAAUCAUACCUAAGUGAGUUCCCAACUUGUAAUUAGUAGAGUAGUCAGUAGAGUAGUUUAUAAAUCAAUCCUUAAUCUAGUUUGCUAGAUAAUGAACUGAAGCUGAGUAAUAGUAACUCUAGAGACCCGUGGAUUCGAUAUUUAUUACUUGUGCCACUAUACUGCGGUCCCUUUCAUUGGUUACACUUGGCCAUUGUUUGGUGUUGUGUUUUAGCGUGUCAAUGAUUCUUUAUCAAUAAAAUGAGGUAGAAAUCCAUUCUUCCUCAAGUCAUGCCCGAGUUUCUCCCCCUGAGUCGCCCAUUGAUCUCCGAUUGACUUGAAACUUGCGCCUAUGCUUCACUUUAUGUGAUAAGACCUGAACUGUGACAAAGGAACACAACCUAGCGUAAAAUAGGCCAAGGAAUGAUCAACUUACGAGUUAAACGAUCAAUAAAUGAACGGGAAAACAUGUGCAAAUAUCGAGUCAUCAUCGGAGAAAGAUAAAAACUUACAGCCUUGAGGUUUUAGGGUUAAAAUACUAGAUUUGAUUAUGGAAUUAGAGGUUUAUUAGGAUUCAAAAUCACUUCAUCAGCCAACCCAGAGAUCGAUAGAGAUCGAUAGACGAUAGUUGCGACAAAAUAGCUCAAGAAGGUCAAAUGUGGAAUAUGGAGGUAUUAAGUGGUCAGGAGUGUCAGUUUUCAUCAACUAUUUUCUGUCCAUAGUCAAACCCCAUAUAAAACGCGAGAUUGAUGAAUCUGUGGGGCCCACGGAUUUGGGUCCAAAAAAAUACUCAAAUUCGUGGGUGCCACAAAUUUGUGUUUUAUUUCUAUAGCCGACAAAUGAUAGACUUCUUCAAGUUCAAAAUGUUUGAGAUUUGGGUGCCAUAUCCAUCACUCAAAUUCAAUAAGCAAACAAUACCGAAAAGAAGAGUGACACUAAAAAAAACCAUCAGUCUAACUAGCUUUGGACGGUUUGCAAAAGGCUCCGGUCACUACGCGCAGGUGCAGGCGCAACUCCUUUCGGCGUUUUCUGGCUCAAAGUAUCAAUUCCAGCCGAGGGUCCAUUGCUGGACGGUAAAGCGGCAAACAAACAGCUCCGACGCUUUUCCAGUUCGUGAGAGCUCUUUGCCUUCUUCGUAUCCAAAAGCUUCUUCCUUCCUUCAACAAUUUCCGAAUCUUGAACGGUGAGAGCUCUUGAUUUUCGGAUCCGUCUCUUGGUGGGUCUCUCUCUUUCUCCUGGGAGGAGAAUCGGCCGAUCUCUGAGCUCCAUUUCCAAGCUGGUCAAGGUGCGGAGUUUUCCAAUCUCAUCUCUUUUAUACUUUGACAACAGUUCUUGUCCAAUUUUUUCGUGGGUUUGUCGAAUCUGUGAAGUAUGAACAGAAUUGGUUUUUGGGUUUCGAUCUGUUCUUGGGAAAGCUCAGGACUUCAUCGUGAAUCUGGCUUUAGAUUUAAAUCUGCGAUGCAAUAGUCAGAUUUAGGGAUUUGGUUGAAUCAAUAGGUCGAAGCUGAAUUUGUCGAUUGUUUAUACGUUCUAUUCCUUGUUCUGUUUUGCUGCCUCACCGGAUCAAGAACCACCACUUUCAACAGAGUCCUCCGUUUCAGUUUCAUCUUGUCUUUCUCGCCGACCACGCUUUCAUUCCCCCGCCGUGCUCGGAUUGUACAUUGUUGUCCGGUCCGUUUCCGGCAAUGAUGAUAAGCUCGUAUUUAAUUUUAGUUGUGAAUUUCCGUUUUUUUUUUUGCGCUUGGAGUGAUUUCUGCAAUUACCCUUUUUGGUUCAAAUUCUUUGAGUAUCAAUUCUCGCCAAAUUUAUUGGGGUCAUUACCUCUCUUUUAUAUUUAAAAAUUUCUCAAAGUGAUUUCUGCAGUUACCUAUUUUGGCUCAAAUUCUAUGUGUAUUAAUUGUAACGUUUUGGAGUCAUUAUCCAUUUUAAUUUUAGAACUUUCUGAGAGUAAUUUAUGCUGAGUUGCUUCAGUUGUCCUUGUUGGCGGAGUUUAAUUGCAAUCAAUGCUCUUAUUUAAUUAGCUUGCUAAUUUCUAUAAUUUAAAAUGACCUUAUCUGUCUAGGUAGUGUCUAUGACUAUUCUUUUCCUUUUAUUCCCGGUUUGAAUUUCACAUUUUCGUUAUUUAUGCUACUGGAAUAAUUUUUGUUUGAUUUAAUUACUUGUCAAAUUAAUACUUCCAUCUGUGUAAUUACCUUGCUCUUGAUUUCCCUCUUUUAGUUCAUAUUGGUGACUACACCACAUUUUUGGAGUGGUAUAUUCGGUAAUCCCGAUUAUGUCUCAUCGGUAGACUUUUAUCUCUUUAGACAGAGAUUUCUAGCACCAUAGUCGUGCAUUGUUGGUUGGUCAUUUUCAGGUGCUCAUAUGGUAUGAAAGCAAUUGAAGGAAGUUUCAUCAAUCUAUCAGGUGACAGUUUAGUCUUAUUCAUUUAUACAAAUUUAUGAGAAUAAUUAAGCUUUCUCUGUCGAAGAUUGCUAAUGUCCCUUUAUUUUCUUUGUUGUGGAUUUUUGUUGCAACUCGAUUCCGAUCAUCCGGCAUACUCCGUUGAAGGAAAUUACACUCGCUGGCGGAACUAUUGUGGAGAUCUUGGGUUUGUGUUUGUGUUUUUGUUUUAUUUCCCCGUCAGUGUCGUGUCUUUGCUCCUCGGAGCUUCUUCAGAGCGGCCCAAGUAGUGGCUUAACAGGCUCUUUCAUCGUAGUCUGGUUGCAUACGGACUAACGUAUUUAUUUUGAGUCGUUCUUGUAAUUGUGUCGAGUUUUUGUCCCAUGCCCUUUGGGCUUGUCUUUGAAAAAAAAAAUACCGAAAAGAAAAACAAGGAUCACAAUUCCUUCUCCACCACUAAACAUGAAAGCUAUGUUCGCUUGUGAGUUGUGACUCGAGUUGAUUGGGCUUGGUGGUCUCGGUCUCAAAAGUGGGCCGAACUUCAAUUUAAUACGCCCAUUUAUUUAUUUAUAUUUAAAUUAUUAAAGUGCAAGUUGUCGCAUGAUUAUUUACUGCUCCUUACGAAAUAUGUGCAUAACCCCAAUUAAUUAGAGAAAAUACUGUUCAUUAAGGUCAAGGGAUUAUAUUAUGUGGGUGUGUGUAGAUUAGUUCCGUGUGGAGAUCCGUGGCGGCUGACCAAGCAUUACCCGAGAUCCUUCAACUACCACAGAGGGAAAGUUUUGUCUCUUUAAUAAGAAAAACCAAGGAUGGAAGUUACUUUGGCCCAACAAUUUAUUAUUAACUUGAAUCUUUGGUUAAUUUUCAUAUUUAUAAUUUUUAUUGGCAAACAUACUCGAUAAUUAUAAGGAUGCAUUUUUUAACAAUAAUAAUCAAAUUUUGAAAUAUAC